CCUCGGCGGGGGCGCGGCCGCCGCUCAGUUCCUGCCCCGCGCGCGGGCGGGCGGGUGUCGCCGGUCGCGACAGAGCUGAAGAAACAUUGAUCUACAUGUGCUUCGCUGUCCAUUGGAAGAAUGACAGAUGAUAAAGAUGUACUUCGAGAUGUGUGGUUUGGGCGAAUACCGACCUGUUUCACUUUGUAUCAGGAUGAGAUAACUGAAAGGGAAGCUGAGCCCUACUAUUUGCUUUUGCCAAGGAUAAGCUACUUGACACUGGUAACAGACAAAGUGAAGAAACACUUUCAGAAAGUUAUGAGACAAGAGGAAGUUAGCGAAAUAUGGUUUGAAUACGAAGGUACACCACUGAAAUGGCAUUACCCAAUUGGUUUACUCUUUGAUCUCCAUGCAUCAAAUACAGCCCUUCCUUGGAGCAUCACGGUUCAUUUCAAGAAUUUUCCAGAAAAGGAUCUUCUACACUGCCAUUCUAAGGAUGUGAUUGAAGCUCAUUUUAUGGCUUGUAUAAAAGAAGCAGAUGCUUUAAAGCACAAAAGUCAAGUCAUCAAUGAAAUGCAAAAAAAGGAUCAUAAGCAACUGUGGAUGGGAUUACAGAAUGAUAAAUUUGAGCAGUUUUGGGCAAUAAAUCGAAAACUCAUGGAGUAUCCUCCAGAAGAUAAUGGAUUUCGAUACAUCCCAUUUAGAAUUUAUCAGGCAACAACAGAGAGACCUUUUAUACAGAAACUAUUUCGACCAACUGCUUCGGGAGGACAGUUGCAUACUUUGGGAGACCUGCUAAAAGAUGUGUGUCCAAGUGCUGUCACCCCUGAAGAUGGAGAGCAGAAGACUCAAGUGAUGAUUCAUGGAAUUGAGCCAAUGCUGGAAACACCCAUUCAGUGGCUAAGCGAACAUAUGAGCUACCCAGAUAAUUUUCUCCACAUUAGUAUCAUUCCCCGACCUACUGAUUGAAACUCAGCUAUAUUCGUAUGAGGAUCAUUCUCAAGCUGGAAUUCUAAGGGCAUGUCAACUUCUUGCUUCUGUCAGUCUUGACAGAGGCAGCCUGACCAGAAAAAAAGAAACCAACCAAAAGCCGAAACAAAACAAGAAGUCCUCACUGCUGUAAGCCAAACAGGAAGAGAGAUCCUAUCAUCAGAUAAGGGCAAUUGGGCUGAUCUUAUUUUGCAUCACUGCUGCGUUUGUUCACUGCUGUAAUUAAAUCAGUUGCGAUAUGAAAGAAUUUACAGGACUUCUGCAAGUCUGCUGUUUUCUUGUAAAAUAUAAUGGAACUGAAACUGUCAGCCGAAGAGCAAAUGGAAAUAUGCCACUUGAUUGUAUUUCUGAUUAACAAAUAAACAGGGCUGUUUCCUAAAGAGGUAGUGUUUCAGCUUUGAGGGUGGAAACAUUGGUUUAAUUUUCUAGAAAGUUAGACACUGAGAGAUUUGGUUACCAAUAGCUUUUUGUAAAAGAUCAAAUUACUGUAAAUCCAUCUUUCCUUAAUGAGAAGUUCAUGUUUACAGUAUAUUUAUUGGUAUGCAAAUGAUCUUUUCACUUUGAUAACAAGCAGUGAGAUUUUAAAGUAAGCCCGUGAGCAUGUUUUGUCAGUUAAAAACAUGCACAGCUUAAUAAUUACAAAUACUUUUGAUUUAUAUGCUGUCACUGAAUACUCCAGUGUGUUUAUUAUUCAAACCAGUUUUCAUAGACUAGCAAUGAUGUAGGAUAAUUUGUCUCAGGAUUCAUCAUGGCAUUUCUUUGUGCUCAUCUAAUUUUUUAUUUCUUUAAGAAUAUAUUUUCUUAAUUUACUUUAAAAA